AGACAGUAAGACUGCCAACGCGUGCAGGUCAAAAAAAUCUGGGAGAAGUUGGGUUGGACGAGUAUUUGCUAAGGAAAUAUGAUGCUGAUGCAGUUGCUAGGAACAACAUCACUGUUUUUGGCGGUGGCGAUAGCUGUCCCUGCCCAGGAAAAGCGUGUGCAUCGCCACGGUGACCUGAGCGACCACGUGCACGACGACACGCACGGCUUUCAGUACGACCAUGAGGCGUUUUUGGGCAAGGAGGAGGCCAAGACCUUCGACCAGCUGACCCCAGAGGAGAGUAAAGAAAGACUGGGGAAGAUUGUGGAUCGCAUUGACACAGACUCCGAUGGCUACAUCAGCCACAAGGAACUCCACCAGUGGAUCAAGCACCGGCAGAGGAGGUACAUUGAGGAGAAUGUGGACAAGCACUGGAAGGAGUACGACCUCAACAAGGAUGGACUAGUGGCCUGGGAAGAGUAUAAGAAUACCACCUAUGGCUACUACCUGGAUGAGGAGUUUGAUGAUGUUGAUGACAAGGCAAGUUACAAGUCCAUGCUGGCCAGGGAUGAGCGCAGGUUCAAAGCUGCUGACAUCAACGGGGACGGCAUCGCCACCAAGGAGGAGUUCACAGGCUUUCUGCACCCUGAGGAGUACGAGCACAUGAAGAGCAUCGUGGUGACGGAAACGGUGGAGGAUAUCGACAAAAAUGGAGACGGACUAAUAAACUUGGAGGAAUACAUAGGUGACAUGUUCAACCCGGAGAACAGCGAGAGCGAGCCGAACUGGGUGAAGACCGAGAAGAACCACUUUGAGGAGUUCAGGGACACCAACAAGGAUGGGUUUCUUGAUGCUGCUGAGGUGUCCAAAUGGAUCCUGCCAGGAGAGGUGGACCACGCAGAUAACGAGGCUCAGCAUCUCAUCCACGAGACGGACACAGACAAGGACGACCGGAUUACCAAGCAGGAGAUUCUAGCCAAUUGGAACAUGUUUGUGGGCAGCCAGGCAACUAAUUACGGAGAAGACCUCACUAAGAAGCACGAUGAGCUUUGAUGAUGUCACACCUGGUGGGCGGGGGUGGGGACACCAUGGGUUUUGGUAUAUGGGAAGCUUCAUUGUGUAUUGGGGGGUGUGGGUGUCAAUCACUGAUGUAUAAGCAGAGUUAGUCUAUGGGGAGGGUGUUAUUACAUCACAGAUAAAAGGGGUCAGCCAAAAAGGUACAAUACAGACACAAACACAGCCGAAAGGAUGAUUCCUUUACAAAACCACAAUGACUCAUUUUUGCUCUUAUUUGUGUAUUUUGAACCCCCCAAAAUGCAUGCCAGUUUGCUGCCAUUCUGUACUCUGCCACAAUGGCACCGCUGUCCUGUUUAACACAGUUCUAUAGCACUAUACCAUUAGCAUCAUGAGCAGUUGUCAGUUUGCUGAGGUUCAUGGAGCCGGAAACUGGCUGGGAUAGAGCAUUUCUGGCGAUUUGCAGAACAUGUCCAGCAGAGCAGUAUAAUGAAUGCAGUUUGCAGGCACCACUCUGGCAUUUGGGGUCAGGGUAGGUUCAGACUGCACUGAUACCAACCACAGUGAGCAGAGAGCAGCACGGCGCACAGUCACGGCGUUGCUGGGACAGCAAACACAGGCCUGGCACAAUGUGAAGACAGUCACUGCUUCCCACUUUCAAAUAUCAAUAAAGCUGUUCCAUUUUUCAUAUGGCUUCUUGUAACUUCCUUGUACGAUCGUGUUGUGUUCUGUAGAACACAAACCUAGUAAGUAGGGAUGUAAAGUGCAAACUGGAAGGUAGAACUGGUGUUUACAAGGCCCUGCACCAGGAGCGUCCCAUUUGCUGAUUGUAAGAAAGCUGCAGGCCGCAGUCUGAGCUGAAAGGGUUAGUCUGUGUCGGUGGCUGGUUAGCUCUGUUUUCCGCCUCUGUUCAGGAUGGCCGCCUGUCUUUGGAUGAGAUUUUGGAGAAAGCAGAGUUCCUCUCUGUCAGCACCCUGACUGACUAUGGGGUUCUUCUGUCAGGUGUCCACGAUGAGCUCUGACUGGCCUCACACUUCAUUGGGGAUGGAGAAAGUGGACAUAUUGUCUGAUUUUGUCUGGCUAAUAAACCAUUACUGAUUUUC